AGCGUUUUUUUUUUUUAAUUUCGACGAUUUUAAAAUUAUUUUGAUGUGGACAGCUUUGUAAAAUGAACGGCGUUAACAUUUUCAGUCGACGUCAUAGCUUUAGUAGAAAUACAAAAUCAAAACAAGAGUUCCUUACAACUUUUUUAAUUGUGGUCCUGAAAUGUAUAAUCCUUAAUUAUUGGUAUAUUUAUUUAUCACAGUGAAGUGUACAAUUUCCCUCCGAAAUUAGUAGAUGUUUGCUUGUUUGCAGUAGCAAUAUUCCUACUACAAAAGACUAAGAAGUUUCCGAACCGCCCUCGUACUAUGGAUACGUAGAAAUUGUCGGGUAGAAAGCGGUGUACGUCAAAGGAUGGAAGAGCAAAUUCGGACUUAAAGUUUUGUUUGAAAGGUGACUAUAAAAAUCGAUUAAUGUCACAUCGAGUGUUCCGCAAGGAAGUCACCUUGGUCCUGUGCCUUCAAUUUGUCAACAACAUACUCAAUUCUAUAAAUUAUUCGAAAGUGCUUUUGUAUGCAGAUGAUAAAGUUAUUUAUUACUCAUAAUUAUGAAAAAAAAAACUUUUGGUCUUUUGAUGGAUCCAAAAUUAAAUUUUAAUAGUCAUGAAAUAACAAUGAAAAAUAAAGCUAUUGAUAUUUUAGGUUAAGUAAAACGAUUAGCCAAAUUAUUUUCUGAUCCACAUAUAACUCCUUGUUUAACUCUACGUAUCUCGACUUCUUGUUUCUAAACUCUAUGUACGACUGGCGUCCACAAAUGUAGUUUACAAUCCAACGUUUCAAACUUGGCCGGAGGCGGUGCGUUCAAUGUCCACGAACACUGUAGAGAUUCCGUCAGGACCAAUCGCUUUGGAUGAAUCUGCGUUUCUGAAGACAUGUGUAUUAUCUUCUAACGUAAAUUGUAGUGGUACUUCCUCGGCUGGAUUCUUUCGUAGGAUUCUUCUCUUAGCCUUGUCACUCUCGGGUGCUCUAUGAAUUGCCGGUUGAAAUAACACGCACACCUCUUCGGAUCUGUCUUCUACGCAUUUAAAUGGGACAGAUGUCCGAUCAUCCUUUUUUCCAGGGUUCGACAGCGACUUAACCGUCGCUCACAAUUUACUCGAUCCGUUACUGAUGUUCUAUCCACUUUUUCCGCUUAUGCUCACCGACUAACCUGUUUACCUCCAGAGUAAGUUCCCUGACUCUGGGGUUAUUAGGGUUAGUACGGCGAAGCUCAUCUCGCUCAUUUGCAAAUCCGCCUGUGUUUAAUUUAGAAUUGCAUUCAAAAUUGGUUUUUAUUGACCCCUGGUUUGGUCCUUAAUUAGUCGAUAAAAUGUACGCGCUACGGUUUAUUGCAACCUUGUGCUAGCGCCUUUGACAUUUUAACUACUAAUUACUUGUCACUUGUUUUGCCGCCUCCUUAAGACAUCAAGUAGUACUUCGCUGUCAUUCGGACAGACUACAUCGGCAAUAUCGUUUGCAAAGCACAUAUCGUUGUGUGUAGAAAGGCAUAUUGUUGCCAAAGGUAAUAUCGUUACCACCCACCAAACUAGCAAUAAAUAGUUCUAUAUAUUAAGAAAAACCUCUGUGUUUUAUUUCUUUUUAUAUUUCCCCCCUACGGUCCACUGCUCGACGCAUUCGGCGUUUUACUCCCAUCGGCGUAGCCCCUCUGAGCUAAACAUUGGUCAAUUCGAGCCAGAUUUGGAUCAUCGCUUGCGUAUGGAUACUUGGAUCCUCCAUAAAUAUACAGUCCAUUACUCCUGCAUUACAAGGUACGUAUAGUGCAGUGUUGUUUUUAAGUGAGCUCGCGUUAUUAAAUUACCGCGACACCAACAAAACAAUCGGUUUUGUUUGGGUACAAAGGUCGUUUUACAACGUCACCUCUUUCCCUUUUGUUUUGUUUCCCGCCAAUCGUCGGCUUCUAAUUUGGAUGCUUGUAUUCGGCAGCAUCAAAAUCAAAACAAAACUCAAAAGUAAAACUGUUGCAAAAAUCGUUCGCUAAUUUUCUUUUUGUUUUGGUUCGUUUCAAACAACAAAACAUUCAAUAUUUCUUUCGUUGAUACCAACAAAAACGUCGUCGUUGUUAUUUCUUAGUUUGGUGUGCUUUACUACGUAAAGCAAAGACCGCAAUAUUAUUCUUUUUGUUUGGUCUGUCCGCUGUAAUAUUGCAAAUUAUUGUUGUUACAUUUAUUCAUUUCUCUUGUUGUAACAACAGUCACAUUUCAAAUCGCAAACAACAACAACAACACUGUUUAAACCCCCACCGCUGUUUGCUUGCUUUGUCGUCGUUCUCUGAUCAGCACUUGUUGUUUGUGCUUUGUUAGAUCAGUGAACGAACAUAACAAACGAAGGAAGAAUAUUUUUGUGUAUUCCUCUUUCUGUCGUGUCCGUUUAGGUUGAGUAGCUACACUACGUUGGUCGGUCACUUUGGUUUGUUAUAUUAGUUGGCAUUGGGUGUAAACUUAAAGUUAUUAUUAAAGUUAAAUUAAUAUAAAUACUAUAGUGUAUUUAAUUUUUGUUGUUGUUUUCGAUCUUUUAAAAAUUAAUACACCCUAUAGGCGGUCAUUUUGGCUAAUUAAAUAAAUAAAAAUAAAAUUGUUAUUUUAUUUAUUUUUGUAUUUUUCCCCACAUUGGUUCGGCGUUUCUACAUUUAAUUAUGGCCUUCGCUCCUCUACAAACCUUCUUUAGAGCAUUGGACGCUCUAACAGAAUUUGGUGCACAAAUAGGUGCAAUAGAAGAUAAGGAUUUAGAUAUUAGUUUUUUUAGAGGAAAGGAAGAGCAAGUUAGAAAAACUAUGGCAAUCGGUAAAUAAAUCGUUGAGUAUCUUAGAAAAUUCGGAAAGUGUAGCAAAAGAACAUCUGCAUUUGGCAGAAAAUAAACACAACGCUUCUUUAAACAUUUAUUCAAGCACUAUGGCCACAAUUAAUAGAAAAAUUAUCAAAUAUCGGUGCAUAACAAGAAAUUCGAUUAAAAUUGCGGAUAAAAAUCAAGAGCAAUCGGCUCAAUUACUUUUGGCUCCUGAAUCGCAGGAUAAUAUGGCGACAAUUAAUUCUUCUGGUUGUGAUAUCGUUCACGACAUGGCAAUGCCCCCAAUCGAUAUUGAUAUUUUUGUGGGAGAUUUUUCUUCUUGGCCUUCCUUUCGGGAUUUGUUUAGCGUCAUUUAUAUAAAUAACUCCCGCUUGGGUGAUGUGCAGCGCCUGUAUUACUUGCUACAAAAGACUGCUGGUGAUGCAAGGGAAAUAGUUUCGCAAUUUCCUUUAACAAAUCGUGGAUUCGCUUUCCCUUGGAAAGCAUUAAAUGAUGAGUACGACAAUAUUCGAAUUUUGGUACAUCAUCAGUUGUCGUCGCUAUUUUGUCUUCCGGUUCUCGACAAGGAAACAAUCUCUGGUUUGAAAGAGAUUAGAUGUGGAAUUAAUCGUUGUAUAUCCUCAAUGUCGACCUAUAACGUUCCCACAGAUCAAUGGGAUCCGAUACUGGUAUAUCUUUGCCUUCAACGUUUACCGAAAGAAACGCAAAUGCUGUGGGAACAAGGUAUUAAAAACAAAGCGGCUCUUUCUUCGUGGAAAGAUUUAGACACCUUCCUUUCAGAAAGGAUAAACACGCUUGUGUGUUUGAAAAGUUAUCAAGAGAAAUCGAUUCCUUCGCCUAGUUCAGAUUCGUUAAAUACUGCUAGGAAUUCCCAUUCCAAAUGUUCAUCUUCCCCUUCAAUUGGAAAAUCAUGUUCUCUUUGUCGAGAUAAAUGCCAUCGACUUCAUUUUUGCUCAAAAUUUAAGGAAUUAUCCCCCGCAAAUAGGUUUGCAUUCGUCAAGCGCUACGAACAUUGUAUAAAUUGUUUGUCAAAGGCACAUAAACUAGUAAAUUGUACUAGUAAAAAUAGUUGUUGGAAAUGUGGUCAACGUCAUCACACGUUAUUACAUCGCGAGUCAUUAAAACCGAAUAGUUCGUUUCCGGUUCUGACUCCAAAGGCUUCGUCAAGCAUAGCAAAAUCGUUGUUGUCAGCUUCAGCCCCAGUUUUUCGUCCCUCGAAAUGUAUAUCCUCCACAUCGGUUGGAGUCGAAAAUCAAAAAUCUAAUUUUAAUGUUCGUUCAAAAUCGCUGUACAAAAUGUCUAAAAGCAACCUUAUUAAGUUUAUAAAAAUGCAUUUUUUGGAAGGUAGUCAUAAAGAGAAAUUGAAAGUUGCAAACAACGUUGUAGGACGACCUUCGCGUAAAAUCGGUCCCGCGACAUCUGCCGGUUUAUAUACCGACAUUGGCACAGGGUCUCAAUUGGAACCCCCCUCGAAUAUCGUUUCGGGAAACACUUAGCUCGAUUGAAGUCCGAAUCUGUAACUGCAGGUUCAUCUGCGGCUUCAAAGUAUUACAUAUCGUGUAUUAACAUAGCUUGAUUGAAGUCCGAAUCUGUUACUGCAGAUUCAACUGCGGCUUCAUAUUAUCGUUGUAGCGGAGAUGAAUCCCGAAUCUGUUACUGCAGAUUCAUCUGCGUUUCCAUUCCCUACAUUUUGUUCGAACAAAAAGCUCACACUGCACUAUGCAUCCAGUACCUACCAUCGGAACUUAUUUAGAUUUAGUUUAAUUAUGUUGAAACAUGAUUUGAUGUUUCAAGGGGGUCGGCAUGUUUGAUUUAGAAUUGCAUUCAAAAUUGGUUUUUAUUGACACCUGGUUUGGUCCUUAAUUAGUCGAUAAAAUGUACGCGCUACGGUUUAUUGCAACCUUGUGCUAGCGCCUUUGACAUUUCAACUACUAAUUACUUGUCACUUGUUUUGCCGCCUCCUUAAGACAUCAAGUAGUACUUCGCUGUCAUUCGGACAGACUACAUCGGCAAUAUCGUUUGCAAAGCACAUAUCGUUGUGUGUAGAAAGGCAUAUUGUUGCCAAAGGUAAUAUCGUUACCACCCACCAAACUAGCAAUAAAUAGUUCUAUAUAUUAAGAAAAACCUCUGUGUUUUAUUUCUUUUUAUAUUUCCCCCCUACGGUCCACUGCUCGACGCAUUCGGCGUUUUACUCCCAUCGGCGGAGCCCCUCUGAGCUAAACAUUGGGUUUUAUGUGAAGGUCGCUUUACAACACCCUGCAUCUGCUGGGAAAUUUGGUCUUAUUUCAGGUAUUCGACCAGCACGUAUAUAUCAAGCGGCUGCAGCUUUGAUGAUAUCCCGGAAACACUUAUCUGCUACCUGUACAUCAGAUGGCUUGGGCAGUUCUCUGAAGCGGCGAUUGGUAUAUUAUCUGAAUUCUUGCCAGUUGGCUUUCCAAUGGUUAAAGAAAGUGCAGCGUUCAGAGUCUAUGAAAUUGGAUGAGGAAUUAGACGUCACCGGCGCAUGCCGAUGGUUUCUCCUCCUCAAGAUUUGUACCUCACCGGAGUGCCAGGUUUGGUUUUUUCGAUGGGUUUUAGGAAUGACUCAGCUUUCUGAGUUGAGGUGGCGACUAUAAUGUGGAAGUGGUCUGAGCCUAGCGAAAUGACUAAUUGCCACGUUACAUCAUUCGUCAGACGUGGGAACACAAUGGAUCUGUCCGGCGAUCAGUGGCAGUUUCCCCUUAUUCUGGUGGGCGCGUCUUCAUUCACCGUGCAAAACGGGGAGCUAUCGAGUUGCUUAGACAGCGCCAUGGCCCUGUCCUCCACGGUACCCUUAUCCGAGAUUGCGUCGGCGAGCGCGCUCGCUCUCUUGAUAAUGUCGACCAGGAGAGAGGCAAGAUCCUUCUCAAGUGAACAUUUAGGCAGUAGCGGGUGGAUCUUUUCGAACUUCCUCACUGCUUGCAGGUUUGCCCUGAUUAGGGUCUUUUCCCUCUCCGUCACCUGAGAGAGGUCAAUGGAUUUUUUAUAAUAUUUUACUGACUGUCUGUAACCCUUCUUAGCAUUUACCUCUUUUGGUCCCGAGUCACUGCUGUUGAUAGAGAUGUUGGAGGGUAUACUACCCAUUUCAUCACCUUCCGCAUCCUGCACCAGGAGGUUAACCGCAUCCGCGCAUGCCGAUGGUUUCUCCUCCUCAAGAUUUGUACCCCUGUAAUGUUACGAUAAAUUAAUGCGUGUGAACUACCCUUGUAUUGAUCACCUGUAACUAGGCUGAGUAGAUCAGCUGAUUAACAGCUGUAGUUUUAAGGAUUGUUAUUGUUAUUUUUAAGGAUAUAUUAAGAAAACAAAAUCUAGGAUUAAGUACCGUUAUGUUUUAUAUAUAAGGACGAUGAAAUUGGAAAUAAAGUUCAGAAGUUAGAAAGAGCCUAAACCGGCUUUAAAACUUCAGUAAAAUUAAAAAAUCAAAAAGCUCUUUUUAUUGAGCUGGAAAUCGCUGGCAACUAGUUGUGCCUUCGAAAAUUUUAAAAAACAUAUUUUUCUGCCAAGUGGCGUUUGUAAGCGCCGGCAAACAAAUUGAGGCAGGGCCCAAUUUUCCACACACACAUACAUGUCUACACAAAAGAA